AUGGGAGGAGGGAGAGGAGAGAGAGCAGCACCAUUGGUGCACGUGAACAUCGUGUACAGCUUACUGGCUAUAUGGGCGUACAGUGGUCAUUAUCGCCCAACUGAAGAGCAUUUCACAGAGUUAAUUCAGUUCCUUGAGGAACAGCAUGUUGACUUGAGUAAUGUUCAGAAAGGGCCAAUAGAUGAUGAUGUUCCACCGGUUGAGAAAGCAAAAUCUGUAGACAAUACAAGUGCGCCUCCUUUACAAAACUUUAUUCCUCCUGUUAACAAUGAUAACGAAACUGGAGUUGUUCGUAGUAAUGCCAUCUGA